CUAAAAUCGAUUUAGCUUGGGAGAAAGCUGAAACAAUGAAAUGUGUGUCAACGAGGAGGUUAGUGACAGCUGUGUGUUUUGAUGGGUGUGUUAGUGUGUGGUUUAUGUCCGUCGUCCGUCUCCAGUUUAGGACUGGAGGAAGAUGAGGGAGCGUCUAGGUUCAGCUGAUAGUGGGAGUAAGAAGCUGAGUCUUGCAUAUUUACAUCAAUGCAAAAGCAAGAGACAAAUGGACAGGGCAAGAAAUGGAGCCCGAUAUUUUCGAAAUCCACCGCAGCCUCAUAUGUGUGUGCAAGAUUUUAUUCAUGGUUCUGAUCGACCAUGUUAUAUUAAUGUUAUGUCUUGGGUGAAAAUUGUGAUGCCACAUAACACAGAAGAUUCUAUACCUUUAUAUGGAGGUAUGCGAAUUCUUCCUGGGUCUUCCAGCCAGAGAGCACAAAAGAAGCAACCUCUCAUAUUUGCAGUGAUGGCAAAUCCUGAGAUUCUUAAAAUAAGUGGAAAGUCUGCAAAGAAUUUAUCGGAUCGUGAUGGUCUCAUUGAAGUAAUGCUGGAUUUUGUCGAGGCUAUGAAUCCAGACAUUAGGUUCAAACGGCAGUUCUCUGUACUGAAGGACAGAGAUCUGACAGGAGAACUGAAAGACAUUUGGCUGGCAGUACAUAUGAUGAGAGAGCGGGAGAGAAUGGAAGGUGUGAAAGGACGUGAUGUUGUAGGACCUGAGGGUGAAUGGUUGCAGGUUGCAUACGAGACAGAAGUGACAUUAACUGAAGAUAACCCAGGUGCAACCACAGAACCAGCUGUACAUUCUCGAGAGAAUCCCACAAGAGAUACUCUUGCAGCUGAACAAGUUUCCAACGAAGAAUGGUUGUAUGUUUCUCGUGAAACUGAAUGUGCAGGUGGAAGACAUUUGGAGGCUGCAUCAUCAACAUAUGGGAACAAGUCUAGACACAGAGAUGCUGACAAAAAUAUUAGCAACUCUCCACCACCCAAAGUAAAACAAAUAGAGAAUUGUCAUACUGGAAUGAAUGAAAAAUUGACUGACUGUUUCUCAGGUGUUGAUGCCACACGGCAGGUGCCCAACAGUUCAAGAACUACUGUGUGUAACUCAUCCGAAUCUCAGGGCUCGCACCAUACAUCGAAUGUUGUUCCUCAGAAUACACAUCAGGGCUUAAGCAAUAAGAAAUCUGAGUUUGAAGCAUCAGCGGCUAAUGCUCACAGUUACAAACCUAAUGAAUCUCCAGCAAAUGUAAUUCACCUUGAUCAUGAUUAUAAUUUAGUUAAGCCUUUUAAAGUGGAUGAUCGUAAUGAGAAAAGAUCUUGUAAGAAUGGGCAGAAGCGUGAUCAUCUGGUGCAUGAAAAAAAGAAAAGUUCAACAGAGAAGGUGCCACAAUCUGAGCGUGGUGAUUCAGAUAAACAUAAAAUAUGUGCAAAAACUGCAGAUGGAAGUGCUAGUCACCAUACACAGUCAGAUACUACUGAGAAGUUGUGUUCAGGGAACCCCACAGACUGUAGUUCUGUUAUUAAAUCUAAAAUUUCAAAACAUGAAUCACCUACAAACACAGAAAGAAAUGAACAUUCAAAAGAGAAUUUGUGUACGGGUACAGUGACUGUUUCAGUUCCAUAGUUGAAAUUAAGACAGGAAGUUUCAUAGUUGGCAGUAUGAUACAAUUGCCUUUUUUUAAUCAGUAUUUGUGCUUUAGAAGAAUAUCACCAGACAAAUAUGAAACCUACGUGUUGUUAGAGCUGUGCUUUUUGUAAUUAUGUAUAUAAAAUUUUAA